AUGGCUCCCAGGCAUGAGGAACACGCUCGCCCGCCGCCUGCACCAAGGUUAUGGUCGCGCCUCUCGACCUUGUCCAAACGCUCCUUUCGCUCCUUCACCUCCGACUUUGAGGCUGACGACGAACGUUCCGACAGCGACUCAGACUACGACAGGAUGAGUCCUGGAAGCAGCAGUGAUGGCUUCUUCCAUGGCCAAGGCCGAUAUCAGGGUGAAGAUACCCGUCCCACCAGCCAGAAGGAGCUAAACGGCUGGUACGCCUACGCCUUUGCUGCCGAAACCUAUGUUAUUUGUGGCUCAUUCAUCCCGAUUCUCCUCGAGACACUCGCUCGCGAAAAUGGCGUCCUAUUGUCGGACCGAACGACCCCUUGUGGCACGAGCGAUUCCAAGAACAAGGCCGAUGGACAAUGUAUCGUCUAUGUGCUCGGGAUGGAAAUCAACACCGCGAGCUUCGCCAUGUACACCUUCUCAAUCAGCGUCUUGAUCCAGGCUCUCCUGGUCGUGAGUAUCAGCAGCGCUGCCGACCAUGGCGACUCGAGGAAGAAGCUCUUGCUCACCUUCGCGUGGGUCGGUAGCUUCUCAGUUAUGGCAUACAUCUUCGUCAACAAGAGCAUAUACAUACUCGGCGCGUUGCUGGCCAUCAUUUCAAACGCAUCUUUUGGCGCAUCAUUCGUACUUCUGAACUCAUUCCUCCCUCUUCUCGUGCGAUACCAUCCCGAGGUUUUGGCGUCCGCGACGGUGCACACACCAGAUCUCGGUAACUCGGACAUGGAGUCGCAGCCUUUGAAUGGCACUCCCAUCGAUGAAGAUUCGGCUGUUGGCGAUGUAGAAGACUCCACCACCGCAUUGCUUGGAGAGAAUGCUCAUCAUGGUCAUCCUCUAGUAAGGAAAGCUACUCAUGAGGAAAUCACCUCGGUGGAGCUUCACCUUUCAACCCAGAUAUCUUCCAAGGGCAUCGGAACCGGUUACAUUGCCGGAUUGUUUGUGCAAUGCGUCGCUAUUGUCAUUCUGAUUGCGAUGCAGAACUCGACAUGGUCGCAAAGGGUUGUGCUUUUUGUUGUUGGUGCCUGGUGGACAAUAUUUACUAUUCCGGCCGCCAUGUGGCUGCGCCCGAGACCGGGCCCACCAAUGCCCAUCGACUCCGGCUCGGGUAAGGGCGCUCGUGCUUGGUUGAGCUACACCAAGAACGCCUGGAGCUCUCUCUUCAGGACAGUUCAGCUUGCUCGACGCCUCAGGGACAUCAUGCUGUUCAUCGUUGCCUGGUUCUUCCUCUCAGAUGCCGUGGCAACGACGUCAUCCACAGCGAUUCUCUUCGCCAAGACCCAGCUUCACAUGAAGCCUUGGGCAUUGGGGAUGAUCAAUGUUAUAUCCACUACGUUCGGGGUCAUCGGAGCAUUUAGUUGGGCCUUCAUCUCGCGCAAGCUCAAUCUCAAGCCCCACCAGACGAUUUUGGUCUGCAUCGGCCUCUUCGAGCUCAUUCCGAUUUACGGACUUCUCGGCUACAUUCCGUUUGUGCGGAACUGGGGCGUGGGCGGACUGCAACAGCCUUGGGAGAUGUAUCCCUUGGCCGCGGUGUAUGGGCUUGUGCUAGCAGGCGUGUCGAGCUUUUGCAGAUCAGUCUACGGCGAGCUUAUUCCUCCCGGUUCCGAAGCGGCUUUCUAUGCUUUAUACGCCAUCACGGACAAGGGCUCGAGUGUGUUUGGGCCGGCGAUCGUGGGAGCCAUCAUUGAUGGAUCAGGAGACAUCCGACCAGCGUUCUGGUUUUUGGCGGCUCUGGUAGCAAUUCCGGCGCCCCUCAUCUGGAGCGUCAACGUGGAGAGAGGCAAGCGUGAGGGCGAAAGGCUUGCGGAGACGAUCGAGGGGUUUGAGAGCCAGCACAGAGGAGUUGAAAGUGAGACUGAGAGCGAGGACCGGCCCAUUCUCAGCGCAUACGAUGAUGAAGAGGAAGAUGAGCAUGAUCGGACCAGACGGUAG